GGCCGGAUUCUCAUUGUUGGUUUCUCACUCAGUGAAGCAGUCGGCAGUGAGUGGCCCCUGUGAGUGUGAGUGGCCUCUGGCUGUGAGGGAGACUCGCUCUCCCGUCAUUAUCCAGAAUGAGGAGCCGCUCACUGCUUCUGCUCCUUGUUGGUAUUUUUGGGGUCUGUGCCGAGGAGCCUCCCCCGGCGGCAGAAGCGCAGGAUCCAUGGGGGGAUUUCUGGCUUUUGCGCUUUCUGGUGAAUAUUGGCGGUUAUGCGACCAUAGUGGUACCAGGAUUUCUGAUCAUCAGAUACUUCAAGAGCAAAAAUUAUCUGGAAACUGGUCGCGGGCUUUGCUUUCCUGUGGUGAAAUCCUGUGUUUUUGGGAAUGAAGCUAAGGUCCCAGAGGAACACAUUUCCAGCACGCAGACUGAUGCCCAAAGCUCCACUACACAACAGGCCUGCAAGCUCAUUUUCUGUGCUGCUGGGCUCCAGGUUUCUUAUCUGACCUGGGGUGUUUUGCAAGAACGAGUUAUGACCCGUACUUACAGUACAGAAGUUGGAAAAGUAGGUGAGCGUUUUCGAGACUCUCAGUUUCUGGUUUUCAUGAACCGAAUCUUGGCACUAACGGUGGCCGGAAUCUACUGUGCUGUCACCAAGCAGCCACGCCAUGGUGCCCCCAUGUAUAAAUACUCUUUUGCAUCUCUCUCCAACAUUCUCAGCAGCUGGUGUCAGUAUGAGGCUCUCAAAUUUAUCAGUUUUCCCACUCAGGUUUUGGCGAAAGCUUCCAAGGUGAUCCCAGUCAUGCUGAUGGGAAAGGUAGUCUUUCACAAGAGCUACGAGUACUGGGAGUACCUGACGGCAGUCCUCAUUUCUGUGGGUGUCAGCAUGUUCUUAUUGUCCAACGGGGGAAGUGAGCGGGCAACAAGUGUCACCACAUUCUCCGGCGUGGUCAUCCUGACCGGAUAUAUAGCCUUUGACAGCUUCACCUCUAACUGGCAAGACUCCCUCUUCGCGUACAAGAUGUCCUCUGUACAAAUGAUGUUUGGGGUGAACCUCUUCUCCUGUCUAUUUACAGUGUUCUCUCUGCUGGAACAGGGGGCCUUGCUGGAAGCCAUCCAUUUCAUGGUACGACACCCCGAUUUCGCAUUCCAUGCAUCAUUGCUUUCCAUCUGCUCAGCGUUUGGCCAACUCUUCAUUUUUUACACAAUCAGCAAGUUUGGAGCUGCAGUUUUCACCAUAAUCAUGACUCUGCGCCAGGCUCUGGCCAUUCUACUAUCCUGUCUACUCUAUGGUCAUCCCGUUACUGCGGUGGGCUCAGUGGGGGUGGCUGUUGUAUUCCUUGCACUUUUCCUGCGAGUUUACGCCCGAGGCAGAAUGAGAAGAAAGGGGAAGAAAGCCAUCGACACCCCAGUGGUGCAGAAAGUGUGAACAUAGCGAGACUGUGGGGACUUGGCUGGGAGAGAGUGCAGGAUUAAACACUCGGACGUCUCUUUAUUUUUAUUACUUUUCUUUUAGCAAUGUGGUGCUUUUUGAAUUCCACUGUAUUUUCAGGCCAUAGAUUGUCACAAGGGACUCUUUAGAGCGACAAAUUAGAAUAGCCUGAUAUCCAAGGAUGUUGUCUAUUGAAAUUCUAUUUGUGAUUAUUUUUUAUUCAUGCACAGGAUGUACUCUGAUAUUAAAUGGUACUUUUCCUCUUG